GGGUAGUGGGCACACAGUAUCAUAGGAGUUUUGGGUGCACAGCGUAGUUAUUCAACAUGUCAGUGGCCCCUGUUCAGCCUGGGACAGUUCUCUCCGACCUAGCGAGGUGUUUGUGGCUUCUGCACACCAGCAGGCAGGCUCCAGCUCUCGAGAUGUAAAUGCGUUCAAUGGUCUCCAACGUGAGACACAAUCGAGGGUGAACGUUCUGCAGAAACAUAUCACGGGCCCGAGGUAAUGUUUGGAGACACCUGCCUGCCUGUUUCCACUGGCGUAGGGCAGGUAGUUUAAAACAGGAGAUUAUCUUGCAGGGACUUGUGUUACUGCAGACCAGAGCCUUCUUAGGCAACCAGUGCUGUUCCACUUUAGGGGCGAGUCACACUUAAACACAGAGGCUCCUCCACUGGAGCACGGACAUAGACGUCAUGACGAGGCCGUGUUGGUGGAAUGAGCUUCCUCCUCGUUAAUAUCAGAACUGGCACAGAAGGCAGAGGCCUCAGCCUGCUCUCGACUCUGGAUUUCUCUACUAGGAAGAAGUACCCGGACAAGAGGUCUUUGUCGUGUGACUUCACAGAAAAUAGCGAGAUGUCAGGCUCCUCGCCGUUUAAGAUGCGACUCGUUCACCUGGACCUUAAGGGAGCCCCACCCAAGGUCUCAUACCUCUCAGAGAUUUUCCCUCUGUUCCGUGCCCUGGGUGCAAACGGCCUCCUCAUUGAGUAUGAAGACACAUUUCCCUACGAGGGCCACUUGAGGCUGCUGAGGGCCCAAGACGCGUACAGCCCCUCCGAAAUCAAAGAGAUCCUGCGUCUGGCCACACUGAAUGGGCUCGAGGUCGUCCCCUUGGUGCAGACAUUCGGACACAUGGAGUUUGUGCUGAAGCAUGAAGCUCUCGCUCACCUCCGAGAAGUGGCGCUUUUCCCCAACACCCUGAACCCGCACAAGGCAGAGUCCCUGGCGCUGGUUGGGGCCAUGAUCGACCAGGUCAUGGAGCUGCACCCGGGUGCCCGGUGGCUCCACAUUGGCUGUGACGAGGUUUAUUACCUUGGGGAGGGAGAGGCCUCAAGACAGUGGCUGCAGCAGGAGCAGAACACCAAAGCCAAACUGUGUCUGUCCCACAUGAGGGCCGUGGCCAGCCACGUGCUGUCCCAGCACCCCUCCACGAUGCCCCUGGUUUGGGAUGACAUGCUGCGGGACAUCCCUGAGGACCAGCUGUCAGCAUCAGGGGUUCCACAGCUGGUGGAGCCGGUACUCUGGGACUAUGGGGCUGACCUGGACGUCCAUAGCAAGGCUCUCGUAAUGGAAAAGUAUGGGAAGUGCGGUUUUCCCCGGCUGUGGGCCGCCAGUGCCUUCAAGGGGGCCACAGGGCCCAGCCAGGCCCUGCCCCCCAUCGAGCACCACCUCCGGAACAACAUGCAGUGGCUGCAGGUGGCGGCACGAAGGCCAGCAGACACGCUGCAGGGCAUCAUCCUGACCGGCUGGCAGAGGUACGACCACUUCUCCGUGCUGUGUGAGUUGCUGCCUGUGGGGAUCCCGUCCCUGGCCGUUUGUCUGCAGUCACUUCUUCACGGAGGCUUUGCGGAAGACAUUAGGGCAAGAGUGGAGAAACUCCUUGGGAUCUCAAGCCUAGAAAUCACUGGUUUUACAAGUGAUGGGGCCGGCUCCUUCCCGGGCAGCGACAUCCUGGCCCUUGUCACCCAAGUCGACCUCCACCUGCGCAGCUCUGUGGACGAGAUGCUGCAGAGGGAUAGGUACGUGACAGGCUGGUUCAGCCCCUACCAUCGCAGGAGGAAGCUCAUCCACCCUGUCAUGAUCCAGCACAUCCAGCCCCAGGCACUCAGUCUCCUGGCCAGGUGGAGUGCCCUUGUGCAGGAGCUGGAGGCCGCCCUGCGCAGAGUCUUCCACGAGGAUGCUGUGGAGGAGUGGCUGCAGGAGAAUGUGGAACCCAGCCUGGGGCUGCUGCAGGCACUACUGCAGGACCUUGAGGCCGCCAUUCCCCCACCCCUGCUGGCCAGCACUGGCCCUGAUGCAGAUCAGGACCCGAGGGGAAGGGACCUCCCCACACCCCCUCCAGCUACGUCCACCUCCUGCUGAGCCCUGGACACCAGGCAUGUAGGCAGCAUCCACCGUGCAGAUGGUUAUCGGGGAAAAUGGCAGAAAACCUGGAAGGAAAUGCUCGUGGGGACCUGUUCACUGAUCUGCACACUGAAUUUUAAUUCUCAUGAAAUAAAAAGCAAAGUAGAAGCUAGAAA